AUGAAAUCAUUAUCAUUGAUACCAAGACAUAGUCGUUUUAUUUCUUCUGUGUUUGCUGGAUUUUUAGGAAGUUUUAUUUUUUACAUUACGUUACGUAUUUCUUGUUACACUCCAGUUUCUACUAAAAUAUUUAGUGUCGAUUACCGUCAACGACCAGAAUGUACAUGUUUAAGACCUGAAUUACCAUAUUUGUCUUCUCAUUUAAUAACAAAUGAACAUCAUCCAUCUUUUUGUAGUCGUUAUAGUUCACAACGUGGACCUCAUCAACGUAUUAUUUCAAUCAGUCUUUUUGGCCCAAAAGAAGCUAAAAAAUUUGAAAUCCAUCGAACACUACAUUAUCUUAAACUUCUUAUAAAAGAUGUUAAUAUAAUGUACUCUGAUGGAUUUAUAUUACGUAUUUAUCAUGAUAAUACAAUAAAUACAACAGAUACUAUUUGUCCAAUUGAAUGUGAACAUUUAAAUGUUGAUUUUUGUAAUAUGAAAAAUAAAACAUUUAUACCACCAAAAAUUUGGCGUUUUAUACCAGCUGGUGAUCCAUUAGUUGAUAUUAUGUUAAGUCGUGACCUUGAUUCUGCAUUAACAAAACGAGAACGUGAAGCUGUUGACACAUGGCUCGCUACAAAUAAAUCAUUUCAUGCUAUGCGUGAUCAUCCUAAACAUAAAUUUCAUAUGCUCGGUGGUUUAUGGGGUUUUCGACCAUCAUUAAAUCGACAUUUAGCUCAUUUUAUACUCGAUAAAAUUCAUAAUCGAGAUUUAAUUAAACAUUAUACUGGUCGUGCUGAUCAAGGAUUUCUUUCUUCUCAUAUUUGGCCAUUUGCAACAUCAAGUCUACUUGUUCAUGAUAGUUUCUUUUGUAUGAAUGAUUUUGGACAUAAAACAGAACCAUUUCCAACACAACGACCAUCAGCUAAUGAAACGAAUUGUUUUGUAGGUUGUGUACGAACAUGUUGUGGUCAUGGAAAAUUACCAUUUGGAGAAUGUCCAAAACAAUGUCGACCAAAAAAUCAUCCUGAAUGGAUUUAUUGUUAA